UCGACUCUGUCACUGUCGUUUAUCAUGGAGUGAAACUGUGUGUUUAUGAUACCUGGACACUAGAACCAUGCUGGUCAUUGCUAUACUGGCCACUUUUACGAUGUGUGCUGAUGCCGUGUCGUUCAAUUUUAAUGUGUUGACGUGUGGUUCGAACAUCACAUUAACCAAUGGCGACGUCCAGUUUAUAUCCAGCCCGAGCUCCAUGCAUGGGUCAUAUCUAAACAGCGUCAACUGCUUGUGGCGCAUAAAUGUCGCACAGGGAUACAGGAUUUUGAUCGCCUCCAACUCAAUACUGCUGGAACCUAGCUGUGGCUGUCGGUAUGAUUACGUGGAACUGUUUGACCCGGGUUCCAGACAUAUCGUUAAGAUAGGUCGGUUCUGCUGGGACAGACCAGUACAGUACAUCUCUACAGCUGACACCAUGCUGGUUCGGUUCCAGUCGGACGAUUCCGUCAAUACGACGGGCUUUACUUUUAGCGUCAGCAGGGUCACACCUGAUCCCGCUAAUCCUUGUAACAACAGCAUCACUGGGCCUGGAAACAUUCUCAGCAUUAACUAUCCCCAAAAGUACCCCUCUAACGCACUAUGUUUCUAUCACAUACAGGCACCUGAGGGGAACCAAGUUAAUUUAACCUUUCUUGAUUUCAACCUUGAAAAGGAACCCUGCACAUCUGACUAUCUGAACGUGUAUGAUGGACCAAGUUCUGCCAGCCCAAAGAUUGGGAGAUACUGUUGGCGUAGCAACCCUCAGACGAUCAUUUCGUCGUCACAUGACCUGUUCCUGCAGUUCAAUUCCGAUGGUCGCGUGGAAGACAAAGGGUUUAACCUACAGAUUGAUUUUGUGACAGAGGGCCAGGACACGGGGUUUACGCUUGUUGAUAAUCCAACCCCGGAAUCGUAUGAUCCAGACUGCAUUCAUGUUAUAAGAACACUCGGUCAUAAUCUAACUAGUCCUAAUUCUGCCACCAAUGGAUACUUGAAACGAAAACAUUGCAUCACAACCUUAACUGCGCCAAUCAAUCAUAGAGUCCAGCUUCAUUUUGAUGUCAUUGAUAUUGAAAAGAGCAACGAAUGUCGAUUUGACCACGUGACAAUAGUACAUGGAACUGUAAAAAGCAAGUACAAUUAUACAACGUCACAUGACAUCAUUUACUGA